AACGUAUAUGCUUCACUGAAAGUUUUUUAAAAAUAUCGGGUAUUUCACGAUUAUUGAACUUAUUCUUUUAAACAAAAUAUGUGGUAAUUUUGCAACACAAAAUUUGGUGCGCCGUCGGAAAAACUUGCAGUUUCAUUCAGUAUAUGAGAGCGGUUACCCGAUUUUUGUGCCUUUACAGACUGCGUCGAUGGCUAUCAUAACAAUUAAGUAUUUGAUUUCGGAUACGUGGUGGCCAGGUGAGACAACUCGUGUUACCACAGGUGCGUUCUUCUUCUCGGUUUAUAAACCAUCACGCGAGAACCCGGUCAGUAAAAUUCCGCCUGUAAUGAAAACUUCAUUUGUGUUACAUUUUGAAAGCGGUUUGGAGUAAAUUACAAACUGGGAGUUCGUUGUGUGAAGUAUAUCACUCAAUCUAAAAUACGGAGCUCGUUUAAAUGCCUACUUUGUUUUCGCAGAGUAAGUGCCAUUUACGGUAUACCAGACAAAAAGUUUAGUUUCAGGUAGUUAUUUAAUUAUUAUUAAUUAAGUGCGUGAGUUUUGUACGAUACUUUUACCCAGCAUCAAUUUUACCAACUUUGCUACCAGGUUUAAAAAAAAUCGAAAAACUCCUAUGAAAUUCGAAAACACCAGGUACGCUUUGACGUUUGCACAGAUUUCAUUUGGUAGAAAGUUAGAAAUUAGAUGCUCGGUGGGGCGUGACGGGCAAAGCGAAGAAUGUUCAAUUAUUUCGCUGAGGUUUCGUCGUCGAGCCAGAGAUCGAGACAGAUCCGUUCACGUAAUCAGACUGAACCGACUCAACAAAUAACCGCUUUUUACGAUUUGAGUGUUUAGGCUAGCGCAACUCUUCUUGUACUGCUCGGUGUAUCAGGCUUACAAGUUUACAGUGAAGCUUAAGCGAAUAUAGUAUGGGUGGUAGAUACCAACAGCCUUGACAUGGAAUGGAAGAUUUUAGUCGUGUUUUUCCUGGCAAGCACAUUUUGGAACUGCCAAGGAAUACCAGCAGCCGCCAGUUUGUCACAUUUCUCAUUAAGGGGAUUAAGAGAUAUGGUCACAUUUCAAAGCAAAUGCGGGUCGUGUCCCAGGGGACGAAAAAGAAAGUUCUGCGGAAGCGACGGAACAACUUUUCCUAGCUUUUGUGAAGCAAAAAUGGCUCAAUGCAAUGACCCCCUGCUUGAAAUUAAACGUGGAAAAUGCAAGGGCAAAGACAUAUGUACGAAAGCGAGGACGCACGCAAUACUUUCCCCAUACAUUGACUACUUGCCAAUUUGUACACCCAACGGUAAAUACGCAUCACAUCAGUGCUACGAAAAACCUGCGUAUUGUAUAUGUGUCGACCCGGAAGGGAAAAUGGUUCUUGGUUCUGCGCAAAGACGUGCCCAAUUCGACUGCCCAGAAAUUGGCGGUCGUCGACUUUCUGGAAGGUCAGCAGAUAGCUGCACAGACGAAAAUCUAUUUGUAUUGAUGCAGAAGAUUGAGAACAUCGUGGUUCGUGAGCUACGGACUUUGAAGGAUACUCGUUGGUCACGUGCUCAGCGUCUCCACCGCGCACUUAACCACACUUUCAACAAAGUGGAUCUCAAUUCGAAUUCCCAAAUAAACUGGAAAGAACUACGUUCGCAUUUGGAGCUGAUGCACGCUGCCGAAUGCGUGACGCUAUUUGCCGACAGAUGCGACGAAAACUUAAACAACGAGAUUAACCUUACUGAAUGGAGCAAUUGUUUAUUUAAUUUGACCUUGGUGCCGAUUGAGCCACCACCGUCCAGGCCCACAGAGUUGGACAUACCAUUGUCAAGUGGUCGAGACCCACCAAGACUAAAUCCACCACCGAAUUCUCAAGUAGGACAGUGUUACCUCGUGUACCUGAACGACGGGUGUUCCAUUCCCUUCCAAACCAUGGUUACAUACGACAGAUGCUGUAACGGUUUGGGUUCGGGUUGGGGUGCAAGCUGCUUGUCAUGUGAUCUCGCUGAAAACCGGCGAAGGAACAUUUACAAAGAUGCAGAUUGCAGUGGUGCAAUUUCAAAUGAAUUAAAUUCACUCGUUUAUCAAUCUGUUAUUCGUGAAUACGCUCAAGCUGCUCCAUUACAAUCAUCAGUUACCGCAACGAGUCGUAUCAACAGCGCUCUCGUGUGGAAGCAUUCGCAACUGGACGUGAACGGGGACACCAUGGUUAACUCACGAGAGUUAAAAAUUUUCCGUCGUCGUCUGAGAUCAGUUCUCUCGAAACAAUGUUUUCAAUAUUUUGCUCGUCAUUGUGACGUAGAUCACAAUCAAAGAAUCGCACAAACAGAAUGGUUAACAUGCCUUACACCAGUAUUGCCAACUGCGCCUGCUGUUUCAAUCGGAAGUACUUCUACACAAACUUCAGAAUCUUCACAAAGAAGUUGCCAAAGUGAAAGACAGAAACGAUUACUUGAACGUAACAGCGCAAGUGACGUAUUUGUACCACGGUGUGAAGGCGAGUUAUUUAGUUUAGUCCAGUGUCACGCCAGUUCUGGAUAUUGUUGGUGUGUUGAAACAGAUACUGGCAAACCAAUCACUGGGACACCUAUACGAAACAGUAACACCACGCCUGAUUGUUCACGUCACGACACUACUGUAGCGCCACCUAGCCGAAGUCAUCCACCGCAGAGAAUUCCAGGUUGCAAAAAAACGUCAGCAUUUCUUGCUUCUCUUCGCACAGCAUUGACGACACGAUUAAGAGGAUCUCCUGGUUCUGGUUCGGAGUGGCCAGCAGUUGUGGAAUGGUUUUUCGAUCUACUAGAUAAAAACGAGGACGGCUUGUUAACCAAACGUGAAGCACGUUAUAUUAAAAAGAAGCUGAAGGGAAAGGUUACCCCGAAGAAAUGCUUACGUCGCCUUCCAAAAUAUUGUGACAGAGAUAAAAACAAAAAAGUUGGCAAAGCUGAAUUUUUUGAAUGCUUUCGCGUUACAACGGGAAGACCAACAAGAAUACCUUUAAAAGGCAGCAUAGCAGGUUAGAGCACAUAUACCCACUGUACAAAUGGAUCUUUAAAAGUGAUUUGUGGAAUCGGAAUACUUUUAUUGGUUACAUAACUUUUGUGGAAAACACCAUGCAUCGCUGAACACGUGGUUGACCAAUUCAUGAAAAUCAAAGUCCACUCCAAAGUAUAUAUUAAAAUGUAAAUACAGUUCACAUUUUGUGGCGCGUUUAUAUAUUGCAGUAUCAUGUCGCAUAAAAUCGUGUAUAUAUUUGAAUCUUUAAAUUGUAAUAGGCUAUACUUCGCUGGCUUAAUAUAAGCGAGUUCCGUAUAGAUUCGGUUUAAGUGUAUCGAUACACAAUUUGGUAAAUUUCGACAGCUAUUUAUUGUGUUGUUUAAUGUUUCUUUAAUGUUUUUUUUUUGUUGAAUAAAAUUGGCUUAAUAGUUGA